AUGACCGCCGGAGGCCGCGGGCGCGCGCUCACGCCGCCAUGUUCAGGGGCACAGCCCGGGUUCGCGUCGCGACUCGCGGAGCACUCAGCGCUGCGCCGCGUGGGCGGCGAUCGAUGGCCGGCGCGCGCCUGCGCCCCCGAGCGGCCCCGAGCGGCCCCGAGCAGCGCCGAGCCGACGCCUCCGAUAGACAGGAUGAUGCUUAUGCGUCUGAACAUGCGCUUGGUGCUCGUGGCCCUGUGUGGAGCUGUGCUGGUCGCUACACUGUACUGGGGGCACUGCGGAGACAUCUCAUUGAGACCCACAGUUUCAGUUCUAUCGGAGAGCCAGACCGGUCUGUCGGAGAUCGAGUGUUCUAUCAACGGAGAGUACUCGGUCUCAUGCAGGAGAGACCGGGACCAGGUCUACUUGCCCUUCUCCUUCAUACACAAGUACUUCGAGAUUUACGGUAAGAUUACGAACACGGAUGGAGUUGAAAAGUUUGAAUGGUCGCACAGCUACAGUAAGGUGUACCAUCCAAAGAAGAAGUACGAUCCUCGCGGCACCUUCACGACUUUCGAGAAUUACAACGUGGAAGUCAGGGAUCGAGUGAAAUGCAUCAGCGGGAUCGAAGGUGUUCCUGUAUCCACCCAGUGGGAACCACGAGGCUUCUUUUAUCCUACACAAAUAGCGCAAUUCGGUUUGGCCCACUAUAGUAAGAAUCUUACAGAACCGGAACCGAGGAUUAAGAUCAUUGAUGAUGGGGAUAAAGUCCUUGAGAACUGGAUCGUCAGCGAGGAUGCAGUCAUGUCCAGAGAAUACGACUCGGAAAUGAAGGAGAAUGUUAUAAGAUUCACGACCACCGACCAGCCGACCAGCCAGGUGCGGGCCAAGCUUAACAUUAGCCAAGACUUUGUACUCAGCAUGGACCUCAUGUUGAAAACGAACUCUUCUGUGACUGUGAUGUUACAGAAUAAAGACAAGAAGGAAACCGUGUACUUGCAUUACAUAACCAGUAACCAGUUAAUAUAUGCACAGGAGGACCAUAUAUACUAUGGUAUUGGCGUAGAACAGAAAUGGAGGAGAUUAACGCGAGAUCUGAUCAUAGAUAUGCAAAAAGGUUGGGCCCUACAAGACAGACCCAAGAGGAAGUCACCUAGAAAUAAGUUUAAGGUGUGUGGGCUGGUCUUAUCAGGCGCGGGCAGUGUGGGUUCUGUCCGUAUAUCGUCGAGUGAGCACAUGUUUCACUUCUUUUCUGCCGCCCGCUGGCUGGUGUCCUCUCAGAAGGCAGACGGUGGCUGGCCAGUCCCUGCCAGGAGACGCCUGGCGCCUCGCGUCCCUGACCUCAUGCCUGGCUGGCACUCGGCCAUGAGUCAGGGUCACGCUAUCUCUCUUCUGUCCCGCGCCUACCACCGCAGCGGGGACCCGCGCUACCUCCGAGCCGCCAGACGAGCCCUGGGCCCGCUGGACCGGCCCCCGGACAAGGGCGGAGUCCGGGCGCUGUUCAUGAACAGAUAUGUUUGGUACGAGGAGUAUCCGACCAAGCCGCCCAUCUUCGUGCUGAACGGGUUCAUCUACACGCUGCUGGGCCUUUACGACUUACACUACACAGAGGGCGAGCACGCCUCCUCCCCGGCCAAGGGCAUGUUCGAGUCCGGCAUGCUGUCCCUCAAGACGCUGCUGCCUCUGUUCGAUACAGGCAGCGGCAGUUUCUACGACCUGCGGCACUUCACGCUAGGCGCGAGCCCCAACAUCGCCCGCUGGGACUACCACGCCACGCACGUCAACCAGCUGUAUCUACUGGCCGGCCUCGACCCCGACCCCGUGCUGCUGAACACGGCGCGCCGCUGGGAGGGGUACAUGCAGGGACGACGCGCCGCACACAACUGA